AUGAAUGAAAAUGGAAUAGGAGAGAAUAAAAACAAUUUUAAAAAAGGUGAGAAACGCUCCAAGAAAGGGAACCCCAAAAAGGUGGGCAGCAAGGAUGAUCAAACAAAAUCAGACCCUGCAGGUGCCCCAAGUGGAGAAGUGCAUAGCGCAAAUGCGCGCGAGGGUGAUGAAGUAAAAGAAAACAGCGCGAACACUCCAAGCAAAAACAAUACGAGCAACCUAUUUUCAUCGAACAAAAAAAAAAACAAACAGAAGAAGUAUGAAAAUAACAUGGGGAAAAACAACUCCGAUAUGCAGGGAAACAAUUUGAAAACAAGCCCAUAUGUUAAUUUGGGGGAUGAUGAUAUGGAUGAGGGGGCAGAGGGCGAUGGUUCCUAUGGCCAGGAUAACAAUAAUGAUGUAAAGGAUAUGAAAAAAAAUUACCAAGAAAGGAAUGUACAUGAAAAUUAUGAUAAUCAAAAUAGUACCAUUGUUGAUUUAGGGAUAAUAUUAAGUCUACUGUUGAUACUUCUAAACGCCUUGGAAUCCUACGUCACGACGAACAUUCUAUGUUUGUCAUCCCUAGAACAUAACACAUUUGUAUAUGGAAAUUUGCUAAAAAAAAUAGGACAUAAGUACCACAAGAUUAUCAUCGACUUGGGGCUGACGUUUGGUUUUCUCUCCAGUUAUAUUUUGAUAUUGAUACUAAUAAGUAAUUUUUUAAGUAGCAUAUUGUACGUUUUUGAUUUCCCAUCCUUUUUUUAUAACCACACCUUUUUGAUUACACUAGUGUGUGUACUGAUAGUACCUAUAACAUUUCGCGACCAGGUGGGGUCUCUAAACUCGUUUUUGAUAUUUUCCUUAUGCUCCUUAACGAUAACGGUAUUAACGAUAGGAUGGCAGGCACCAGAUUACUACACCAUAUUGAUUAACAAGGAUAUAGUGCUAUUCAACAUGGAUAAGCAUUUUUUCAAAUGCUUCAAUAUUUUGUUAUUUUCCUUUUCGCAACAACCAAAUGCAUGUUUUAUAGCUGGACAAUUUAAUCAGCCGACUCACAAGAGAUUAACAAAAUCAGCGUACAGGAGUGUUCUAUUGCAAAUUAUUUUUUACACUCUCUUUGGGCUUGUAGGAUAUUUGUCCUUCCUAACCACGACCACUGAUAACAUCAUAUUGAAUUAUGAAGACACAAAUAUAUCCAUACUUUUAUGUAAAUUUCUCCUAUCAAUAACGUUUUUUUCCGUUCCGUUAAAUUUUAUGGGGUCCUAUUCAAGCUUACUAUCAUUGUACUUAUCCGCUCGUAAUAUGUUUCUUAAAUUUUACGUGUAUGUAUCGAGAAGGAAUAGGUACAUGGCUAGCUUAUCCACCUUUUUACGCGAGGAUGAGGCCAACCCCUUUGAGGAAAAUGCCCUUGAUAAUUUGACAGAAAAUUCGAGCACAACGGAAUCGCAAGCGGAGGACAAAACUCAGCGAAAAAUCAUCUCCAUUUCUGUCACCAUUAUAUGCGCCCUUAUAGCGUUUAAUGUUAAAAGGUUAUCCAAUGUUAUUGGCAUAGGAGGAGGAAUCAUGUCUACGCUGAUAUCCUGGUAA